AUGGAUACUCAGGAAAUGGAACAGUCUGCCAAGGUUGGUGAUAUCAACGAAUGUAGUGCAGGUUCUCAUAAUUGCCAUCGCAACGCCUACUGUAACAAUACUGAUGGUUCUUUCAAUUGUACAUGCAAAAAUGGCUACUCGGGAAGUGGAACAGUCUGCCAAGAUAUUAACGAAUGUAGUGCAGGGUCUCAUAAUUGCCACCACAACGCCUACUGUAACAAUACUGAUGGUUCUUUCAAUUGUACUUGUAAAAAUGGCUACUCAGGAAAUGGAACAGAUUGCCAAGAUGCAGGUACAAUUACAUUUUCAUUCAAACGUCCCACCUAUACUUUUGGAGAGGGAGAUGGUUCAGUGAGUGUUUGUUAUGUGGUUUUCGGGAGCGCUGCUACCUUUAGAGUCACAUUUGCAUCGAGAAAUGGCACUGCAACAAGUGGAGAAGAUUACUUAUAUGAGAAGAAAACACGCGAGCUUAUAAGCGGAAAUGGCUGUCAAGAUAUUUCUAUCAUUCAGGAUAGCAUUUACGAAGGAAACGAAAAUUUCACAUUUAUUGCGGAGUUUAAUGACCCUUUCAAUGAUCAAAUAACCGUUGUGGAAACCACAGUGACCAUUACAGAUGAUGACGAACUCGACGAAUGUAGUGCAGGUUCACAUAAUUGCCAUCGCAACGCCUACUGUAACAAUACUGAUGGUUCUUUCAAUUGUACAUGCAAAAACGGCUACUCUGGAAAUGGAACAGAUUGUCAAGAUAUUAACGAAUGUAGUGCAGGGUCUCAUAAUUGCCACCACAACGCCUACUGUAACAAUACUGAUGGUUCUUUCAAUUGUACUUGUAAAAAUGGCUACUCAGGAAGUGGGACAAAUUGCGAAGAUUUCAACGAAUGUAGUGCUGGUUCCCAUGAUUGCCAUCACAACGCCUUCUGUAACAAUAAUGACGGUUCUUUCAAUUGUACAUGCAAAAACGGCUACUCUGGAAAUGGAACAGAUUGUAAAGAUUUCGACGAAUGUAGUGCAGGUUCUCACAAUUGCCAUCACAACGCCUACUGUGAAAAUAUUGAUGGUUCUUUCAAUUGUACAUGCAAAAACGGCUACUCUGGAAAUGGAACAGAUUGUCGAGGUUAA